AUGCUCAGUUUGGUGUGUAUUGCCAGAGAGAGUCUUUUUUUCAUGGGAAAAUGCAUUUGAUCAGCACAGGGCCAAGCAGCAUUGUCCAGACAGAGAGGUCAGGGGUUCUACAUCCUCCAAGAGCAGAAAGCAAAUUCCUCCUACAAGCUUUAGCCAGUGCUUUGCUGGACACUGAUAGAAGUCACAAGACUGCUAUAUACUGCUGAUGGGAAAAGGUAUUUAGCAGUUUAUAUUUACUACAAUAAGUGCAUUUCCAUGUUCUGUGUACUGUGGGAGACCAGACAGAGUGAAUGCAGGGUCCUGGG